AUGCCCGACUCCAAUGAUGACGAUCCCUACGAGUGGGACGUCGAGAGACUCGCCUCUGAACUAGGCCGUGAGGGACGUUCCUGGGGCUCGCUGAACCCUGCAAAGAGACCCGAUCCCGAGGCUCUUACCCGGUCGUUGAGACUCCAUGAGGUGGAUGGAGAGAUCCUGCUGAGCUGGGAGGAUGAGUUCCAAACCCUUGACACUCUGUUUUCCGAUCUCGGGCUCAAAAAGUCCAUCCACAAAUUCGCGCUCAAGAAAGCCAUUGCUGCUCUCAAGAAGCGCAGUCCGACCUACAGAAAGGCUCAAGCCCAGCGGGCCAAAAGCCAGACCCCUGAACCCGCACAGCAUGCUGAAGAUGCGGACAUGCAUAGUAUGCAGCCUGGUGUCUACGAGACCGUCACGGACACGGCGACCAUGCCUGCAGCCCUGAUCCCUACGGACACCAUGACCAAAACUGCCCCGUUGGCAGCUACCCCCGUGGCAACUACCCCCGUGGCAGCUACCCCCAAAGGCAGCACGACUUCUCCGUCGGGUCAACCGCUUGCACUUGAGCCCGCACAGAAGAAGAGGAGGCUGGCACCAGAGCUCAUCUCGGCCAACGUCAAAGGAAAUGGCCUCCCAUCUGCUGCCGCUGCUGUGGCCGCCAAGUCGCAAACACCCAGCGCUCUCUACCUACGGAACAACAAGUUCACAACAAACGCGACUGUGCAUCAUCCAGACUUGGACCUGCUCACGCUUCAAGACUCCACCGCUGAUCAUGCCUCAGUACAAUUUAAUUGGGUGCGAUCCAAGUACAUCCCGCCUGGAACACGUCUUCAGAUCAACCGUGCCAUGAAGAGAUUGUUUCGGACUAACAACGAGUCAUUUGCCCAGUUGGCGUCCGGAUUCGUACCACAGCUCGAACACACUCAGCUUUCGGACGAGUCCGUGGAAGACGAGUUGCUCCCCCUGUUUGGAGACUCUGGUGACGAGGCAGAGUAUGAUGCUGACACCCUGAGAGAGAUGGAAGAAGAGACCAACGAGGCCCAAAAGCCCCCAACAUCCCUCUACCUUGGUAGGGAGAAAGUCGAGGCUAUUCUUGACGAAUCCGUUCAAGCCGUCGUGUCUUCAUGGACCAACACCAAACUUCCUCGCCUGCAGCACAAGGCCCACAUGCUAUGGAAUCAAGCACGCCGCAAUGACCGCAACCGACACAUAAGCCAAGCUGUCUUGCGCGUUGCUGAUCUUGACCGUCGUAUUGCAAAGUUGCGCGCCGAGAUCCUCUUACAAGACUGGUCUAAUCCGAGCCAGCUCCGUCACCAGGCGCGAUGUAUGGAGGCCAGCUUAGAAGACCGAGAGCACCAGUCAUGGCUGGCUGACAUGCUCAAAGGUCGCGAGCCCCCUAAGAUCAAGCCCCUCCCUCGGUCCCACGUAUCCGUGAUGCCGAAGGCCCUAGACUUUUACCCGGAUGAAGAAGGCGAUCUGAUCACAAGCGAGGCAGAGGACAGUGAUGGCCACAAUGACUUUGUUGUCGACGACGAGAUGGAGAUCCUGUCGACCCAGCAGCUCGUGUCCACCAAAGAAAAGCGACGUGGUUCCACAGAAGUCGAAUCACCAAAGUCUCCAUUCUCUGCCGCUGGCAACCCAACGAAACCGACCCCAAUGCGGUCCCCCCAGCCCAAAGCCGAGUUCACACCCCAGCGGAGCGCUUUCAUUGAUCUCACGGCAGCUGAUCGCAUCGUCACGAGCACCGCCCGCCGAACAGCCUUUGGCGAGCAGGAUGUGAUCAGUUUAGUGACGCCCGAGAAACCUCGGUCCCUGGGACCGCGGGAGUCUGAUGACAGUGGUCCAACCGAACCGCCCUUGAGCGCUCAACACGACGAGCUUGACAUACCAUUCGACCGACCGCAAGAUAUAGCAGCCGUCAGCCUCGAGACAUGGGAGGCAGCUAGAGACGCCAAACGGCUCACAAUCGCUUUCCUCUGGCGCCGGAAGGAGCCCUGGAGGGACGUCAUAUUCGAUUUCUUAACAACAGAGCAUCCUGCUGAUCUAUGGCGCGGUCUCAUCCUUCCAGUCUGCAAGACAGGGGACCUUGCUCAUAGUGGACGUCGUGCGUCAGAAGGGCUUUUCAGGCUCCGCAACAUUCUCUGCCGACUGUUUUGUCAGUACCUGUCGUGCCGUUCCAUUCGGCGCCUGAAUGCACUAGGGGAGGAAGGCAAGCUGCUGGUCCUUCGCAACCUGAAAGACUUUGCCGAGUUUUGCUACUUCCUCGCACAGCACGUCAUCCCCUCCUUCCCCAGGGUUGACGCGCAGCACGACCAACCACUGACUCUGGCUGGCGAGUGGUCGGGGGCAGAGGAAGAGGAAGAGGAGGAGGAAAGAGAAGCUUCUGGAGACGAAGAUCUCACCGGAAACGAAGCUACUCCCUCUAAAAAGCGAAGGCGACGAGUCAUUGAGGAUCAGGGGGCCAAAGACAACCGAGAGGCCAACCUGCAGAAGCAGGCCCUGGACGAGGAGCGCAGGCUGAAACUGCAGCAAAGGCUGGCCGCGUCAGCUACCAUUUCCGGGGACCGUUCGCGCCUCAUCAUCAACGUGAGUAAAAAGGGAGACGACGACAAAGACUUUGUCUACGUCAACGACGAAAUAGCCAGAAAGAUCAAAGACCACCAGAUUGAAGGUGUCCGAUUCAUGUGGAACCAAGUCGUCGCGGGCAAACAGGGCUGCCUGCUGGCUCAAACCAUGGGCUUGGGAAAGACGAUGCAGAUCAUCACGCUUCUCAUUGCCAUCGUCGAAGCGUCCGCUUCGCCUGAGCCAUCCGUCCGAGCGCAGAUACCGGAGCGACUUCAGCGAUCGCAAACCUUGGUCAUCUGUCCCACCGGUAUCGUGGACAACUGGAGGGAAGAGCUCACGGCCUGGGAUAAUCAGAGCGUCCUUGGUGAAUGCUACACAGUUGAUUCGAAGCAGGACAGUGUCACGAGGACGAGCACGUUGCAGGAGUGGGACGUUCGUGGUGGCGUCCUGGUCCUCGGAUACGAUAUGCUGAGGAGCUUGGCUCGCGCCGAUGAGGGUUUCAAAAAGAUUCUUACAGACAGACCCAACAUUGUGGUGGCAGACGAGGCGCAUCGUCUGAAGAAUCAAAGGUCGAAACUCGCGGCGAUUGGUUCACAAUUCCGGACCCCGAGCCGCAUCGCCCUGACGGGUUCUCCUCUGGCCAACAACGUGGGCGAAUUCUACUCCAUGAUCGACUGGGUCGCUGAAAACUACCUCGGUCCAUUGAAGGAGUUCAACGCUUACUAUGCCCUUCCCAUCCAGGAAGGGCUGUACGGAGACAGCUCGCAUGGCGAAUACCGCUUGGCCAAGAAGAGGCUCGCCAUCCUCGCGAAGACUGUCGCUCCCAAGACGCAUCGUCUCACGAUCAAAGCCUUGAAGGACGAGCUCCCGGACAAGGUUGAGUUCUUCCUCACGGUUCCUCUGACUCCUCUUCAGGAGGAGCUGUACGACCUUUACGUCCGGUCUGUCCGGGAGAAUGCUGAGUCGCAGGCAGAUAGCACCUUUGCCGUGCUCGACAACAUGAUCCUGCUCAACAACCACCCCCGUUGCUAUUUUCGCAAGCUGGAGAAGGAAAAGAACAUGCUGCGUGUUCCCCAGGGUGGCGAUACGACCCAGGACAAAUCGAUCACGCCUGCGUUCCUGACGAAGAGCAUGAAGGUUUUGAAUCGGUGUCGGGAUCUGAAUGACAUUAGUCUUUCAUGGAAGGUCAAGGUCCUUGUUGCCAUCCUCGACGAGUGCCGCAAACUCAGGGAAAAGGUGCUCAUCUUCAGCCAAUCGAUUCCGACCAUCGACUGGCUGUCGACGCUCUUCCGGCAGCAGAAACGGCCUUACAGCAGAUUGACCGGCGACACCUUGCCAAGCAUACGGCAGAGCAUGGUUAAGAACUUCAACGAAGGCGAUAAUGAAAUCUUCGUUAUCUCUACGCAAGCUGGCGGUCAAGGACUCAACAUUACGGGGGCUAGUCGAGUGGUCAUAUUCGACUUCAGGUUCAAUCCAAUCGCCGAACAGCAAGCCAUCGGAAGAGCGUACCGCAUCGGACAGUCCAAACCCGUUGUGGUGUACCGGUUCGUCUCCGGUGGCACGUACGAGCAGCACUUGUACAACAAGGCCGUCUGGAAGAUGCAGCUUGCAUCUCGCGUGGUUGACAAGGACAAUCCCAAACGCUGGUCGACCAAGACCAAGGAUGCGUUCACAAGGGACUACAAGGCGCCCGAACAGAAAGACCUCACCGAAUUUCUCGGCAGAGACUCGGUUCUGGACAGUGUGCUCUCUUCGCCAGCCUUUGCCUCGGCGAUCCGGUCCAUCAUCGUCACCGACACAUUCGAGGAAGAGGACCCCAAUGACUACCAUUUUGACGCCCAGGAAAAUCAAGAGGUUGAGCUGAUGGUGCGUCUGGAGCAAGCUCGUAUCACUGAUCCGACCCGGUAUGCUCGACUCCUUGCGGAGAAGAGCGCGAGAGAGGGUGCCCAGCAGAUGCAAGCACUUGGCUACGGACAUGGGCACGCGAACUUGCAACAGAUGCAGACUGGUGCACCGGGAAUCAUCCACCCAUCACCACAUGGCCGUGUAGUCCCAAGUAACGGAACCAUGGUAGGCAGGCCAGCGCCAGCUGGCGUCACCAUGAGCCCGGGAGGUAUGCCGUACUACACAACGUAUGCGGGCGGUGGAUCGCAGCCGGCAAGCGUGCCGCGAGCGAACGAGCUGGAGUCGCCGUUCGGACAGCAUGGCUCGCAAAGCCAUGUGCAGGCUUCCGUAUACACUACGGCCAGAGCAGGAACGGCGGCGGCGUCGACAACUCUGCCGGUCAUGGGAGCCAACACAUUCAUGAGUGGACAGGAGGGCACGACGGCAUCUCCAGCCCAUGUGAGGAAGUCGACACCCUUGCAACGAGGAUCGCCCCAGGCAGGCUCUUCGCCGGCAGUCUACCGAGGAACGCAAGCGAAGGAGCUUUUUCAAAAACAGCUCAUCCGAUCGGUACAGUCGAGCAGCGAGUUUGACGAGAUUUUGCAGGCGCACGAUGCCGAAGGCCAGGCCAAAGCGAUUGCUGAGGCGGUGCACGAGCAGCUGAGCGGGCGCGGCGCCCUCCCGAUCCUGAGCUCCUGGAAGACUCUUAACUUGUUUGCUCAGGGCCAGAGCUUUGCGGCGGGCGUGCUCAGCGGGCUGGUGACGGUGGAGUUUCUGGCCAACACGACGGACGACGGCACUGCGUCGACCGCACAACAGCACGAGCGAAGGACAUGGCAAAGGGGCAGACACGGCGAGGGCUGCGACAACGGCAGCGGGCCCAUCGACAACGCCGUCGAACAACAGCAACAAGAAUUACGACAGCCCCGUCCGAGGCGCGGCCGAAUCACGGAGGAAGAGGCCGGUCAGACUGCCCAGCUGGGCGAAUAG